AUGCCAAUAGGCAACCUUCUCACCUCCUAUUCUUGUAUCGGCAAGAUAAUCAUCAUCGUUAACGGACGCCGGCCCUCGGGUCCCUCAAAGGCAACGUUUAGAGCGUUCGACGUAUGGAAGGUCAAAACCAAUGGUCCACCGAGGAUCUGGACAGACCGAGGAUUAUUGGGCGUGGCCCCUGACGCUCCCCAGGAUGCAACUCGGCACGCACUACGGAAGCCCCACCGAGUUGUGGCAAGCCUUUACGGACUAUUCGACAUCGUCCGCGUUGCCGGUUGCUCGUUUGGUGGAACGAAUAGGAUGAUACCGAAGCCUUGCCUGCAUACUUUCGACGAUGUCAUGAUACUCGGACAGCAACAACACUCUGCCGCUAUCCCUCUCGUUCGCAAACACCCACUAUGUGCAAGUGAGAAGGGAGAACAACUACCCUCCUUGAGCUACCAGCGCAUCACGCCGGAACACUUAAUGGUCGACGAGGAGCUCCAGAAGACGAUCUUCUCGGCGGUAGUGAAUGAGAACCAGCAGAAAAUCAUGUACCAGUUCAUGACCUUCAACUCACAACUGCAUAAGCCGACAAUCGGCUCGAACGGAAAAGAAGAAUUUAACGAUGGCCAUCCUCUCGGCGGUGGCAAACGAAAACCAGCAGAAGAGCAUGUAUCAAUUCAUCACCUUCAACUCACAACUGCAUAAGUCGAUAAUCGACUCACAAUCCGCCUCGAUAGAGAACAUGCACUGGGGCGCGGUGAGAGCAAGAGCGGAGGAAAGAGUACGGGCUAGUCGGCCGGAGAUUCCGGCAUAUACGGGUUUAAUGUGGG